AUGCCACGGCCGCUGCGUACCACGACCAUUUAUUUCCUCUGCACCAGCACUUUCUUUUUUUUCGGUUUGUGUGAAUUUUUUUUUUCUUUUGCUUCACGAUGGAUUUGUUGGAGGUGCUUUGGUUUUGGUGGCUGCUUCACGACGCUUCGCCUUGUGUGUCGGUUGCGGUGCUUCCGCGUGAUGCCGAAGCGUUUGAUGGGGUGUUUAUUCUUCUUUUUGAGUCCAGCAGCCAGCCUUGUUUGGUCAUGGCGGCAGAAAUGGGAUUCUGCGGCUGCGUACUUGUCGCACGUGUCGCAACUCAUGCUGUUGCUGCCUCGCUCUGUGUUGGUGGGGGAGUGGGCGAGCGACGGCGUUGGUGGAGUUGCGCCCCAGUGGGAGAAGGAAGGAACCGACCGCACGAUCGACGUGGACCCUUGUCCCCCGUGUCUGGGUGCCGCCACCGUACCACUUUAUUCGUCCUUCUUGUGUGUGCCGUGUGCGCUUAUGGUACCGCUGUUUGCUGUGCAAUGCCGACCCACGUGA